AUGUCCUCGCUAAUGCGGAAAUACAUGGCAUUUGCCGAGCCGGUUUCCGUACUAACUGAAGAAACUUCUAACAUAGCAGACGAGGCCUAUGGAAAGUUAAUUUUUGCUCAUGUGAUCUUUCGUCAUGGGAAUAGAACACCAAUCGUAAGCUACCCGACGGAUCCGUACAGGUUUAGGAGCAAUUGGACAAAUGACUGGGGUCAGCUAACAAAUAUUGGAAAACAUGUUCAACUGGAGCUUGGGCGAUGGCUGCGGCAACGCUAUCGAAGCCUUCUCAGCAACAACUACGAUAAGGCUGAAAUAUAUGUGCAAAGUAGCGAAUCGGAGAGGGUUCUGAUGAGUGCUCUGGCCAACCUAGCUGGAUUAUAUCCACCUUUGGGAUCAGCCGUAUGGGAACCAACUAUCGCGUGGCAACCAAUUCCAGUAUAUCAAAUUCCACGGUCUCAGGAUAACCUUAUAGCGGCCACAAAAACUUGUCCUCAGUUUAAGAUGGAACUAGAACGCUAUCUACAGUCUGAAGCAUUCCAAAGCUACAACAAAUCGUUGGCAGUCAUCUACGAAUACCUAACAAAACAUACGCAACUGAGUUUCGAUUCCUUUACUUCCAUAUACGACUUGUACAAUAUCUUAGAUAUCGAAAGCACUAACAAUAAGACACUACCAGCUUGGAGUAGAGAAGUCUUCCCCGAACCAUUGAGGACCAUGUCGGCAAACCUGUUUAGAGUCUACAGCAAUACUACUCGCAUGGCUCGGCUAAAGAUGGGACCUCUCCUAAAAGACAUACUGGAUCGCUUUCAGCAGAAGAUCAACAAAACUCUGCAACCAGACCGAACGAUUUGGAUGUACUCUGCUCACGAUAUCACCAUCGCUAAUCUUUUAAAUGGCAUGCAUAUGUUCAAAGUACACAAUCCUCCGUUUGCCGCCUGCCUCUUAUUUGAACUAAGAGCAUCGUCCAGCGGGGUUCCAUAUGUUUCCAUCUACUAUCGAGACAGUGCGGCUGAACCAGAACCGCUCUACAUUCCACGUUGUGGAAAACAUUGCCCCCUACAGAAGUUAAUUGAACUCUAUCAACAUUUACUGCCGAACCAUUGGGAUCAGGAAUGUUUACUUAAAGUGGACACAUUUGAGUGGCCUCGUAAUUAG